UGAUUAUGUCUUCUAUUGGAACAGGUUAUGAUCUAUCGGCUUCUCAGUUCUCGCCCGAUGGUCGUGUGUUCCAAAUCGAAUACGCCAUGAAAGCAUGUGAAAACUCCGGAACAGUUGUGGGCCUGAGGUGCAAGGACGGAGUGGUACUGGCUACGGAAAAGAUCAUAACUUCCAAAUUGUAUUCGCGUCACACCCAGCCGAGAAUUCUAAACGUAGACGCACAUAUCGGAAUGGCUUUCUCGGGUCUCGUAGCCGACGCUUACCAAUUAUGCAAUAUAGCCCGAGACGAGGCUUCGGAUUAUCGAGUGCAACACGGAAUGCCGAUACCACCCGAGUACCUUGCAAGUCGAGUAUCUCAAUAUGUUCACGCAUACACGCUCUACGGUGCUUUGAGACCAUUUGGCGUGACAACAUUUUUGUCCUCAUACCAUAAUGGAAAAGCAGAUCUUCAUGUAAUUGAACCAUCAGGCGUGUUUUAUUCAUACAACGCAAGUGCGAGCGGAAAAGCGAAAGCAAAUGCGAAGACAGAGUUGGAAAAGAUCAAAGACUUCCAGGGCAUGUCUAUUCGGGAAGCUGUUGCUGAGGCGGCCAAAGUCAUUUACACAGUGCAUGACGAAGUGAAAGACAAGGACUUCGAAUUGGAGUUGAGUUGGAUCUCUGCCUCGGAGACUGACUCCAAACACCAGAGAGUUCCCAAGGAACUAUUUGAUCACGUAGUUGCACAGGCCAAAGCGGCUGUGGCUGACAGCGACAGUGACGACGAUGCUUAGAACGCUUAUUCUGAUCUUGAAAAAAUGACUUGUUGGAACUAUAUUAUACAGUGAAAAAAAAUGAUUUAAUGGUGCAACAUACAUCUUAAGCUCAACAAACCGAAAGCGUGAUACUCGCAAUUUAGACUUCGGGUUCCAUUGAGUGAAGUUAUCGAAUUUUUGACGGUUACAGUCAAGUACGCGAUCUGAUAAUUUGAUGUUUUUCGGUCUGUUGAGCAUUGCUUUGAAUUGAAGGAAGAUAUGGCGGUACUCUCCUAAAUUUCCCUUUUUACCUCUCCCUGUUAGUCGACAGAAUAAUCCUACUACGCAUUUCCUAAAAACACCCCGUGGCUUAUAAAUGAGGCUGAUUUCAAUUGAAUAUUUUUGAUCAAAAUUUGAGAGGACGCUGGGACAUCUAAUUGCAUAAUUGAGCUAUCUAAGGCAUUGAACUGUCUCAUUAAAAUUCAAGGCAUUUGUGUCACCCGAACCAAUUUUCUUGGCUAAGCGGGAUAUAAUGAAAAUGCAAAUGGCAGCCAAUGUGUGGAACUGAAAGAUUCGUUCCUGAAAUGGAUACGAAGUAACGAUAAGUGAUUGUUUUCUAAUGAUGGCUUAGAAUUACAAAUGAUGACAUUAUUUGAGUGUAAUUUUGAGUUUACUUAUUUUAAAAGA